CACGUGACCAGGUGACAGCCUUCGCUCGGUGGCGGGGCUCGCUCGUGGUGCUGCGGCACAGGACGGGAUGGCGGAGGCACCUCCGGUCUCAGGCACUUUUAAAUUCAGUACAGAUGCUGCUGAGUUCAUUCCUCAGGAGAGAAGAAAUUCUGGUCUGAAUUGUGGGACCCAAAGAAGACUAGACUCUAGGAUUGGGAGAAGAAAUUACAGUUUCUCACCUCCCUGUCACCUUCCCAGGCAGAAUCCCUACGAUGACGUCUCUGCUAUUCAUCAGCACAGUUAUGCCUCUGGAAGCAAACCCAAGAGUCACCAGGUGUUUUUCCAGUCUAAUAAAUCACUCAAGAACCAUGGCCUUCACAAUCAGCCAUGGCAGAAGUUGAGGAAUGAAAAACACCAAAGCAGAGUCAAGAAAUCACAAGGGCUCACUGACCAGACGUCAGAUGCGUCCAGUUUAGAAAGUGUGACCAGGUCAGAGAGUGGAGUAGACCUAAGGGAGCAUAGCCCUUCUGAAAGUGAGAAAGACGUGGUUAUUGCAGAUCCUAGGGGAGCAAAGCCCAAAAAGGCAGCACAGCUUACAUACAACUACGGCAGAGGGCCAAAGGCCAAAGGGAAGCCCAAAUGCGAGCUGGGUAGUAGAAUGAGCCCGAAGUCUGAGGAUGAAAACACCAGACCUGUGGGGGCUUCCCAGACUGACUUUUCAGAUGCGGCCUGUAGAAAGGCUGUAGUGGAUAGCUGCGUGUCGAGACGGAACGAGCAGAGAAGAUACCCACAGAAAAGGCCUCCGUGGGAGGUGGAGGGUGCCAGACCACGACCAGGCAGGAACCCACCCAAACAGGAAAGUCAGCGACAUUUAAAUUCAGGGCCUAAAAACAACAUGCCCCCCAUUCCAAAGGAUAAUCUCAGAGAAAGACCAACAAAGUCAGCCUGUGACACUGGGAAUUUGGCCGUUGUCAACAAGUCUUCCAGAAGGGUUGACCAAGAGAAGAAUGCAGGAAGGAGACAGGACCCUCAAGUGCUCUCUCCUUUCCCCAGAGGCAAACAGAGCCAUGUGCUGAAGAAUGUGGAAACACAUACAGGUUCCCUAAUUGAGCAGCUAACUACAGAAAAAUACGAAUGUAUGGUGUGCUGUGAAUUGGUUCAAGUUACAGCCCCAGUGUGGAGCUGUCAGAGCUGUUUUCACGUCUUUCAUUUAAACUGCAUUAAGAAGUGGGCCCGGUCUCCAGCAUCUCAUGCAGAUGGCCAGAGUGGUUGGAGGUGCCCUGCUUGUCAGAAUGUUUCUGCACAUGUUCCUAAUACUUAUACUUGUUUCUGUGGUAAAGUAAAGAAUCCUGAAUGGAGCAGAAAUGAAAUUCCACAUAGUUGUGGUGAGGUUUGUAGGAAGAAACAGCCUGGCCAGGACUGUCCACAUUCCUGUAACCUUCUCUGCCAUCCUGGACCCUGCCCGCCCUGCCCUGCUUUUACAACUAAAGCAUGUGAAUGUGGACGCACCAGGCACACAGUUCGCUGUGGUCAGGCUGUCUCGGUCCACUGUUCUAACGUGUGUGAAAAUAUUUUGAACUGUGGUCAACACCACUGUGCUGAGCUGUGCCAUGGGGGUCAGUGCCAGCCUUGCCGGAUCAUAUUAAACCAGAUGUGCUACUGUGGCAGCACCUCCCGAGAUGUGUUAUGUGGAACAGAAGUGGGGAAAUCUGAUGGAUUUGGGGACUUCAGCUGUUUAAAGAUAUGUGGCAAGGACUUGAAAUGUGGGAACCAUACCUGUUCUCAAGUGUGCCACCCUCAGCCUUGCCAGCCUUGCCCACGGCUCCCCCAUUUGGUGCGAUGUUGCCCUUGUGGCCAGACACCUCUCAGCCAGUUACUGGAACUUGGAAGUAAUGGUCGGAAAACAUGCAUGGAUCCUGUCCCUUCGUGUGGAAAAGUGUGUGGCAAACCCUUGUCCUGUGGUUCCUCAGAUUUUAUCCAUACCUGUGAGAAGCUCUGCCAUGAAGGAGACUGUGGACCAUGCUCUCGUACGUCAGUCAUUUCCUGCAGAUGCUCUUUCAGGACAAAGGAGCUUCCGUGUACCAGUCUUAAAAGUGAAGAUGCUACAUUUAUGUGUGACAAGCGGUGUAACAAGAAACGAUUGUGUGGCCGGCAUAAGUGUAACGAGAUAUGCUGUGUGGACAAGGAGCACAAGUGUCCUUUGAUUUGUGGGAGGAAGCUCCGUUGUGGCCUUCAUCGGUGUGAAGAACCUUGUCAUCGAGGGAACUGUCAGACCUGCUGGCAAACCAGUUUUGAUGAAUUAACCUGCCACUGUGGCGCCUCCGUGAUCUACCCACCAGUCCCCUGUGGAACUAGGCCUCCCGAGUGUUCUCAGACCUGUGCCAGAGUCCACGAAUGUGACCAUCCAGUGUAUCAUUCUUGUCACAGUGAGGAGAAGUGUCCCCCCUGUACCUUCUUAACUCAGAAGUGGUGCAUGGGCAAGCAUGAGGAGCUCACUCUUAAGAAACUUUGGACUUUUAAAGAGACUUUGGACUUUUGAAGUGUUGGAAUUUUUGAAGACUUUGGGGGGCUUUUUUGAGUUGGACUAUAUUUUAUAUUAAGAUAUUGCCAUGAGAUUUGGGGGCAAGAAAUGUAAAAUUAUUGUUCAUAGUGAUAUGUUUGUGUGCUAACUUGACAAGGGGUGGAUUGUGCUGGUUUAAUUGUUAAUUUGACCCAACCUAGAAUCACCCAGGAAGAGGGUCUUAAUGAGAAGUUACUUAGAUCAGAUUCGGCCUGUGGGUGUGUCUGUGGGGAUUACCUUGAUUGUUAGUUAAUUAAUGUGGGAAGACACAGCCCACUGUGAGAGGCAGAAAAUCCUAAACUAUGUGAAUGGAGAGAUGAAGCUGAGCAGCAAGCAAUGUGCAUGUAUUCAUUUCUCUCCUCCCUGUGUGGACAUGACUAGCUGCUUGAGUUCCUGCCUUGACUAAAUGCAAUAAUGACUGUAACCUGGAAUUGUAAGACAAAUAAACCCUUUCCUCCUCUAUGUUUCUUUUUGUCAGGCUAUUUUAUGUCAGCAACAGAAAUGACAAGAGUCCUGUGACUGAGCUGUAGCCCUAGCCAGUGAAAGAACUGUUCUUUAACACUUUGUUGUAUAGCCAGGGAUAUGUGAUUCAUGCUUCUACUCCCAAGAUGAUACAUUUUGUGGCCUGCUCUGUUACUUCAUAACAUAACUCUUGAUAUCUGUAACAUGUUUUCAAUAUUUUUUUCACCUUUAAAGGACAUAUUUUCUCUGUACUUAUUUCCUGUGGUGGUUCAAGUCAUAGCCCUUCAUGUUCCUUCUCUUUAUAUCAUUUUUGUGGUUGCUUUGAGGCAGGAUUUUGUAUAGCUCAAAUUGGCGUCGAAUUUGCCACCUCGCCAAAUCUCUUGGACUCCUGAUCCUCCUGACUCUAUCUCCUACAGGCAUGCUUUCAGUCUGGAUCUUACUUCCUCUGUCAACUUCUCUGCUGUAAAAUGCUCGUGUGUUAUCUUUAUUCAGUAAAUAAUAGCUGAACACCUACUCUGUGCCGGAUACUAGACUAGGUAUGGGGUGAUUGACUGACACACUUCUGCCCUUGUGGGACCACUAUGCAGGGGUGAGUCCGCAGACAGUUGUUAAGUUCCAUAAUGUGAAGAAUGCAGAGUCCUCGGGGCUUAGAUCUGACAAAGUCAUUCAACAUGAAAUAACACUAGAAAGGACAGUAAGAUGCAAGCAAGUCAAGUGAGGAGUGGGUGACAAGAACACAGAACAUACGCAGGAUGUAGCCCUAAUUCCAAAGCAAUUGGGAGCAUGUGUGUUCUAGAUCUGGAGGCCUCUUCAAAUGGUGUUAUUGGAGCUAGAUGUUGUAGCAAAUGCUUGUGAUCUCACCAUUAGAAAGGCUGAACGAAAGGAAGGAAGACAGACUUCAAGGCUAGCCUGGGUUGCACAGCAAGACUCCAUGUCAAAAUAAAAAGUCGUGUGUUACUGGAAUGAAAAUUGUUUCCAAAUUUCAACAGCUCUUGAAGGAAUUUGAGUGAAUACAUAAAAGUAACCUUGAAGCUAAGCAUAGCAGCACAUACCUGUAGUCCCGGCACUUGGGGAAGCGGAACAAGAAAAUCAAGAGUUCAAAGCUAGCCUGUACUACAUAGACCCUGUUUCAACCAGGCAGU